CCUGGUUAUGAUAGUCAGAUACAGCAUUCGGUCGUAGCUGGACGAAUUGUCUUCGAUUUUAUAACAGUAAUUGAUAGUGUCUUCCAGAAAGCAAUUGAUGAUCAUCUACCAGCCUCGUUGAGCACUGUGGCAAAAUACUACUGGGCGAACUACUGUAGAAGGAGACCACUUAAUUGGACGAAUGGUCUUCAGUCUGAGUUGGAUGCUGGUCCAAGUAUCAGUGCAGUUCCAGUUGCAAUUGCAAUGGGCCGUAUCUCUGAGCCUCAUAUCAGGCCGCUAUAA